AUGAAUACCCAUGGGAUUAUUAUUCCGUUGCAUCCUUUGGACUGUCAUUGGUCCAGGCGAGUGAAUGUUUACGACAUUGAUUAUCUUGUCGUAUUUUUAUUAUUUGCUUGGGUUUAUCAUUCGCUUAAACAACAUCGGUGGUUUACAACUUGUGUCGAUGGACGACCAACCGCAAACUUUGUCGGGAACUGUAUUCCAGACAUAAAAAGGCUGCUGGAAUUAAUGAAGCCUGAAGUUUCUACCAAAACUGGAAAGCAAAUAUGA